GUUUUAUAAUGGCCGAAGACAAAACCAAACGACUUGGACGAUGGUAUUUUGGAGGAGUGGCUGGAGCCAUGGCCGCUUGCUGCACUCACCCCCUUGAUCUCUUGAAGGUUCAACUUCAAACUCAGCAACAAGGAAAACUGACGAUUGGCCAACUUUCACUUAAAAUCUACAAGAACGACGGAAUCCUUGCGUUCUACAACGGAGUAUCUGCAUCGGUUCUCCGUCAGCUCACUUAUUCGACUACUAGAUUUGGAAUUUAUGAAACUGUAAAGAAGCAACUCCCCCAAGAUCAACCAUUGCCCUUCUACCAAAAGGCGCUUCUCGCCGGUUUUGCUGGAGCAUGCGGUGGAAUGGUUGGAACACCUGGAGAUUUGGUUAACGUUAGAAUGCAGAACGAUUCUAAGCUUCCCCUAGAACAGCGCAGAAACUACAAACACGCUUUGGACGGAUUGGUGAGGAUUACUAGAGAAGAGGGAUUCAUGAAGAUGUUCAAUGGAGCUACUAUGGCGACAUCUCGUGCUAUUCUCAUGACCAUUGGUCAGUUGUCAUUCUAUGAUCAAAUUAAGCAGACUCUUAUCUCUUCUGGAGUUGCCGAGGACAACCUACAAACUCACUUUGCCAGUUCGAUCAGUGCGGCUAGUGUGGCUACUGUCAUGACUCAACCAUUGGACGUGAUGAAGACCAGAAUGAUGAACGCCGCCCCUGGCGAGUUUAAGGGAAUUCUCGACUGCUUCAUGUUCACCGCCAAGCUCGGUCCAAUGGGCUUCUUUAAGGGAUUCAUUCCGGCUUGGGCUCGUCUUGCCCCACACACCGUUCUUACAUUCAUCUUUUUCGAGCAGCUCCGAUUGAAAUUUGGAUAUGCUCCACCAGUAAAAGCUUAAAUGUUUCCCGAAAAAAUUAGAUGUUUCCAUUAUAUUUUAUAUGUAGAAUACUUUUGUGUAGAGAUUUCAAUUAUUUGAAUCAAAAUGUUUGAACUUUUGUAUUAGGAAGAUCUGAUCCUCCCGUGUUCUCUUUAUACAAUUUAUAUAUUUUAAUGUGUUUUGUAUUUUUGAUCUAUUCCCUUGCCAUUGCUGUAAUAACCAUUUGCAUUUCUGAACAACACUAGUCAAUAAACACCGAAUUGUAUUUUG